AUGUGGUGUGAAGAUUCUCCUCACAUUUACCUUCUGGGAUAUCCAGGAAAUGGAGCUGGACCUUCCACGGCCCUGGCAUUGGGUGCCAGAGCGCAGGAACUGGCGGUGCUACAGACCGAGGGACCCUUGAGGCUGACCGCAGGAGAGACCCUCGACCUCAACUGCACGUUGAUUGGGUAUGGCCCACCAGGGGGCGUCGGAUGGUACAAAGGCUCCGACAGAAGCCAGCCUCCCGUUUACUACAAUACAGCAGCCCUCCCUCCCGGAGUGAUCAGGUUUUUUCCUGGGUCAGAAACGGACUACAGCAUCCGCAUCAGCAACAUCCAGCCGGAGGACGCCGGGACCUACUACUGUGUGAAAUACAAGGCAGGAAUCCAGGAGACGGAAUAUAAAUCAGGAAAGGGCACUGAGGUUUCGGUGAGCGAUUUCCUGCUGCACCAGCCGCAUCGCCACGUUUAUGUGCAAAGUGGAGCGGUUCUGACUCUGGAAUGUACGAUCACGGGUCUUUCGCCAACAGGACCUGUGAGGUGGUUCAAGGGGGACGGCGCCAAUCGCAAGCUCAUCUUUCCAAAUUAUACACCACCUAACAGAGUAAGAAAGAAAGACAGUGACUCCGACACAGAUUUUACCAUCUUCCUUCAUAACGUCGUUCCUGAGGACGCCGGGAUUUAUUAUUGUGUGAAGCAAAGGCGACUAGUUAAAGGAGACGAAGACCUCCAAAGUGGUCAUGGAACAGAGGUGCUUGUGGACCGUGAGUGA